CCGUCUUCACUGGCUCCAAUUAUGAAAACGGUUGUUUGCGGGGGGUGUCAGCUGCUGAACGAAGCCUGGAACAGAACCGAACCGAACCCGACCUGCAGAGUCCACGACCUUUCCAGCAGCAGAGUUUAAGGUCACCUAAAGUUUUCGUGUGGAGCUCUGCGGUUACACAAAAGGAGRGCAAUGCAGUGCACAACUGGGUCUAAUGUCCAGCUGCAUAGCUAUAAAGCUAAGCACAGUUACAGUGACUGCACUGACAGCGGUUACUCAGGUCUGUUCCACAGCCCACAGAGCAUCACUGGAGUGGACUCCAGCAGAUCGUCGUCUCCAGCAGARUUCAGUGAAACUCCCAAAGAAAACCUUAAACUUACCACCUCUCCUAAAGAGAGAGCCAGAGAAUCAGGCAGACAUUUGAGCACAGACUCCAGGGAUGUAACGAUGUCAUCUGCCAUUAGAUGGUGUGAAACUCCAAAAGUACACAAAAGAGAUGCUUCACUGCGACACAGACUGUUCAGCAAGCCCACGACAGUCAACGGUGCACAAUCACCUUCUACCACAAACACYGAAUUCACCUUUAGUACCAGGUCUGAACGGUGGUUCAGUGCAUCGUUUGACUCUUUAGACCAUAUGACUGUGGGGGCAUCAAACUCUUUAAAAUUGAACCAGGAGUUGGCUCUUCCUGUCGGGAAACUCCAUCUGUUCACACAAGUGAGGACCUCCACACUAGAAGAUGGUAAAGUCAACCUCAGUAACCUCUCCUCUUUUGAAGGAAGCGUUUCCCUCUCAGAGGCUGAAAUCAGUGACAGUAUUUCAGCCUCCGAUCAUCUUGAUCAAAAUGCUCAGAGGUUUGACAAGUUGCUGCUUUUUGGACCGCUAGAAAGCAGCGACACAAAUAUCCAGUGUGACAGYGCAAGUGAUUUCUGCACACCGACGCCCACAUACAGCAGAUCUGUGAGUGAGGACAGUGGGUUCAGUUCCCUGAGACUUGAUAAAUCCCAAGACUCYUCAGUGGACCAUGAUGGCUCCUUCCAGGAGCUGCUGGUCUCUGCUGUCAGAGGAAACGGCGAAACCCCAAAUCUUUCCGUUUCUAAACGGCGCUCCCGUUUGCAGCGUCAGCACAGACUUUCUACUCUUAAAGAAGGCRGCUCUCAGUCUGAAGAAAACCCAGUGGAAAAUCAGCCCCCUCAGUGCUUUGGGCAUUCUAAAGAGGAUGAUGUUUUUACUGACGAUUCUACUCCCUGCAGUACACGGUCUCCUAAAUGUUUCAGCAGUGUGACCUCUGCAAAACACGACUAUGGUACUCCUUUAGGAGCCACUGUAUCCAGACCAGAAAACUCCACACCUGCAGGAUCUUCCACUCCUACCAUCACUCCCCUCAGGGCAUCCCCACUCAACCUGUCGUUGACUCCAGCCUUACAGCUGGUUCAUACCAUGUGCCAGCACAAAGUUCAGAUGUUUUCUGGACAAAGCCCAAGCCUUAAGGAAGAGCUGAAGUCAACGAUGGCCCUGGCCAAGACUCCGCUGGCCUUCAGGACCACGAUGCCYUUGGCAGGGCUGAUCGGCAGGAAGAUGGGCCUGGGGAAGGUGGACAUCCUCACAGAGCUGAAGAAGAGGAACCUCAGGCACAUCCUGGCUAAAAUAUUCAGCAUGUUGAACUCUGAGUGUGUCUACAGGUGUGGUCGGGUGAGUAAAAGCUGGAAUGAAAUUAUUCUUCAGGACAGUCAGGCUAGCCUGAGGGGAAGAGACUAUCUGAGUGAGGUAAAGGCUGCGCUUGAGCAUGGUGGUCCUGUCCAGGCCCCUGACGCAGAGACCAGAGUUACUCUGCUGAACAGGUCGGCCCUAAAGGCCGUUCAAGCCCAGUCCAGAACCUCCAGCUUCUGCACCCCCCAGUCAGCAAACAGCACUUUAACUCCAUUACAGCACAGCAGCAGCAGCAAACGRGAACGGUUUCUGGAGGUUGCUAAAACCCUGUUCACCGAUGAGAGUCUGAAGCCUUGCCCCAGGUGUCAGGAUCCUGCCAGGUGUCACUCAGUGAAAGGAGAGGGAGUGUGCAGCCGAGCCGACUGCGGCUUUCAGUUUUGUAUAUCAUGCUUGUGCACCUUCCAUGGCUCCAGGGAGUGUGGCAGUCRGUCUGGAGGCCGACGCAGGAAGGACAACCUGCUCCCAGGAAGCGCUCAAAGCAAGCGGAACGUUAAAAGACUGUGAACAGAAUAUUUAWACCUCUUCAGUCUCAACAAAGUCACUUUAGCCAUUUUUUCCUUCUUCAGUGCUAGAUGCUUCUCAUUUAGCCAGWAAACGUUCAGCUCCUACUCUUAACAUGAUCUGUGCCUUUCAGUGUCUGUCUGUAUUUGUAUUCCUCUUUUUUGCAGCACAUAAUUCUGAUGUUUUUAAUUAUGAAUGUGAUGGAUGUCUCAGCAGCUGAUGGGAUUUAGCUGCAGAUGGAUACUCAGUGUACAAAAUGUUUUUUUUUUUUCAAGGUUGAAUGGAAUUUGUGAGAUUUUCAGCAUUUACUAUUACACUUUUAAAAUAAAUAUAUUUUUAGUUUUUAUUAUAUAUAUAUAUUUUUUAACCUUUUUGUAACGUCUCAUUUGUUGUUGUUCUUCCCAGUUAACUGUAGUUUGGUGCCAUCUAGUGUUCGUAUUAGUCAACUACAACAGAGACUUUUGCCUUUUUACAUUUCGUGUUGGUGAUGUUGAACAUUACAGUGUAAUAUAAAUUGCGUGAAUAUUUUUGGAAUAAAUUAACUUUGAGGUACCAAAGCAGAAA